AGCAAGACAUUCUUUGUAGGGAGAGGGGAGGCCAGGGACCAGAAAAACAAAACAAAGGAGGACCAGAGUUACUUAGAAAGUUAAGGCCUACAUUAGGUGGCUACAUUACAGAUAACAGUCCAUGAGACUAUAGUGAAGUGGAUUUCAGUUUAUUUUUAAGAGCGGUCCCCACCGGCAGGCAAAUUAAUCAGGACUCAUAGGACAGUUAACUGCAGGCUUUUGUUAUUUCAGCUUCUUCUCUAAAGAUUCAACACUCUCUGGCUUCUGUCUGGAUUGCAAGCCAGGAUGCCCUCCAAUGACAGUAAAGCCCUCAAGCUACAGUUUGGACUUAUUAAUCACGAAAAUCGUUAUCUAACCGCGGAGGCCUUUGGCUUCAAGGUGAACGCUUCAGCUCUGAGUCUCAAGAAGAAGCAGAUCUGGACUUUGGAGCAAGAUGAGCAGGAUGGUCAGGUGGUUUACCUGCGCAGUCAUCUGGGUCGCUACUUGGCCUCUGACAAAGAUGGCAAGGUGAGCUGUGAGGCUGAGAUGAAAGAGAAUGACUGUCGCUUUCUAAUUGUGGCACAGUCAGAUGGUCGUUGGGCCCUGCAGUCCGAGCCACAUCUCCGCUUCUUUGGAGGUUCAGAGGACUACCUUUCCUGCUUUUCUCAGACCAUUAGUGAGGCAGAACUAUGGGCCAUGCAUCUUGCCCUGCAUCCACAGGCCAAUCUGCUCAGUGUAGCCCGCAAACGCUACGCCCACCUGGCAUCCCCUGAGGGAGAGAUUGCUGUGGACAGCAACAUCCCAUGGGGUGUUGAUUCUCUUCUAACUCUUGUGUACAUGGAUGGUAAAUAUUGUCUUAAGACCAGUGACAGUCGUUUCUUGAGCAAUGAUGGGAAGCUCACUUACGAGAAUGCCCGUGGGACAGGUUACACCUUGGAACUGAAAUCAGGCAAGUUGGCCUUCAAGGACUGUGAGGGGAAGUAUCUGGCCCCAAUGGGGCCCACUGGAACCUUGCGUUCCGGACGCUGCUCUAAACCCGGGAAGGAUGAGCUGUUUGAUCUUGAGGAGAGCCAUCCACAAGUGGUGUUUCAGGCCGCCAACAACAGAUUUGUCUCCAUCCGACAGGGUGUGAGUGUCUCAGCCAAUCAGGAUGAUGAGACAGACUUGGAGACGUUUCAAAUGGAAAUUGAUAAAGACACCAGAAAGUGCAAAUUCAGAACUAAUGAAGGGAAUUACUGGACACUUGUUGCUCAUGGAGGCAUUCAGUCAACAGCCACAGAAGCCUGUGCCAACACCAUGUUUGACAUAGUGUGGCUUGGUCGGCGGGUGGCACUGCGAGCCAGCAAUGGAAAAUACGUAUGCACCAAGAAAAAUGGCCAGCUUUCUGCAGUCAGUGACUCUGUGGGUGAGGAUGAGCAACUGGUUCUGAAACUGAUCAAUCGACCAAUACUGAUCCUGAGAGGAGAGAAUGGCUAUGUAUGUCACCACAAAAACUCUAAUACACUGGAUGCCAACCGUUCAGUUUAUGAUAUAUUUACGCUGUAUUUCAAUGAUGGUGCAUACCAUAUUAAAGGUGCUGGUGGCAAGUUUUGGUAUGUGUCCACCGGUGGAUUGGCGUGCUCUGAUGGUGACACACCUGAAGAUUUCUACUUUGAAUUCCUGGAGCAUGGACGGAUAGCUAUAAGGGGCAAAAAUGGCAAAUAUCUGAGAGGAGACCAAGGGGGCAACCUGAAAGGUGAUGGAGAAAAUGCAGACAGCUCUUCCCUCUGGGAAUACUGACACCUUUUGGACAUUUAAGGAACUGUCAUUCACCAUUGUUAAACUUGGAUUUACAGCCGAGAGGCAUCAAAUUUGAACAAUUGAGUUUGAACAUUUGGACAUCUCUGUUUACCAUCAUUCAUUUGAUAUAGAGUCAGUAUUCACCAUUACACAUGUACUCUUACUGUUUCAGGAUUAUUUGCUUAUAAAAAAUGAACUUUUAGAAAAAGAACUGAAUCUUUACCAUAUUGAAUUUACUCACUGUUUCACUGAC